AUGGAGAGUCUGAGUGAGCUGCAGAACCCGCUCCUAGAUAAGACCAGCAGCAGACACGUGGUCCACAACGACUACCAGGCUUACCAGGGCGACUACCCCAACCACCAGUACCAGGAGAACAUCAUUGGCUACUUCGUCACAGGGAGCAACGGCAAGACUAAGGCCCAGCAGUUUCUGGAUGCAACCUCUCUGCACCUGGCAGUGGAGGCCUUCUAUAGGCCCAACUUUAUCCUGUACAAGGACGAUGUCAGCCUCCAGAGCAAGGACUUGAAGAGUGAGAGCUCCGAGACCACCUUCACAGAGAACAAGGACAAUGUGGUGGGAGUGGAGGGAGCCCCCAUAGAGGACCCUCAGGACAAACUACUGGGAGAGAAGGAUGUGAAGAUCCAAACUGUCUCCUAUGAGGUGGAGGAGGAGGGACAUGAGUAUGAGGUGAGAGUUCACACAGAGGGCAACCAACUAUAAGUGACCAACUAGAACUUUGGAUUUGGGAUGUGAUGAUGCUCAUACAAAAAUUAAUAGGACAAAUGAAAUAACAAGGUUACCUCAAAUUGUGUGUACUUUAAUAGUGAGUUGCAGAAAGCUAUCAGGGAUGUUUAUGAACAGAAUAAUUGGUCAGGGCACUCAUUACUGUUCAUGUUAAUUAACAAAGCUCCCUACCUCUUGCUAAUAGGCUGCUAAAGCUGCAAGCAUGAUUCAUACCUAUUUGUUCCAUCUAACCGUCUGUUCACUAAAUGGCACAUUUGAUGUAUUUCAUAGAACUUUUCCAAAUCCAAUAGAGCGGUAGUUUUUCUGUUCCAUAAUUGUUGCCAAAUCUCCCUGUUCAUCUUUGAUCAUAUCACUCCAGGCCUUUUGUUAUGUUAGGACAAAACUGUGACUAACCACUCCAAAUUAAAAUGGUGACAGUGGCAGAGCAACUUCUUUAGAAAAGUGGCUAAAUCAAAUUUCAUGCAGCCAGGGUUGUGCAAUACCCAGUGCUGUGAAUUGGCAGCAGGGGAGUGCAUAGAUCCCUAACUGGGCUUACCAUCAGUCCAGCUCCUGUCACUAGCAGAUGGAUAGAUGCACAGCAAAUACAUUCAUUAAUGCCAGAAUGCAGUACUUUGAAAGUAUUAUUAAGUGGAGACUGGGCUGAUACAUGGCCCCGGCACAGGUGAGCCAGCAGAUCAGUUAUUCCAGGUCGAUUCACAGAACAAAUUAAUCUGAUGACAGUUUUUUUCAAGCACUUUGGCAAAUAUUUCAGAUUUAAGUGGCAUGAUUGUGCAUUCAUUGGGUUUUCACACAUCUUUCACCGCUGAGUCCUUUAUGCAAAAUCAAAGUUUUCUGUGAAAUACCAGGAGCACAUUUUGUUUAGUCACCAAUACAUCAGAUAAUGAUAGGCUCACCAUUUAGUUAUUUUAACUCAAAUACUUUUCUUCGGCAGCUGCUUCUCUUGGUUUACCCUCUGUGUGUGCAGGUGUGUGUGUGUGUAUACAUGUAUGUGUGUGUGUGUGUGUGGCUCACUGUGUGUUGGUAGAUAAUUGAAUCCUUGGAUGUAGUUCCAGGAAUUGGAGAUGGAGUGAGUGUGCCAGCCAGGUGGAGAUCACAGCUCUGUAGAAGGCUUUUAAAGUGUUCAUGUUAAUGUUCUCAACACACGAAGACAAGAGGGAAAGAGCUGGACGAUAGUUCUUACAUGUCAAAGCCAAUAUCUGCUAUUAGUUAUUCUAUACACGUGUUUGUGUUCAUCAUAAAUUAUCCUGGAAACCCUGCAUCUGUAUACAGACAAGACAUGGUACUCAGUAGGGAUAUGAUGGCAUUAACUAUUCCACACGAUAACACGUGACUGGACCAUGUCCUCAAUGGCACCCAUCUAAAUUAUCUUCUUAGUAAUAAUUUUGUUUUGGUGAGCUCUCUGGCAAUGUUUUAUAUUUGUAUUUGUAUUUAUUAUGGAUCCCCAUUAGCUACUGCCAAGGCAGCAGCUACUCUUCCUGGGGUCCAGCAAAAUUAAGGCAGUUGUACCAUUUUAAAAACAUUACAAUACAUUCACAGAUUUCACAACACACUGUGUGCCCUCAGGCCCCUACUCCACCACUACCACAUAUCUAUAAUACAAAAUCCAUGUGUACGUGUGUGUGUAUAGUGCGUAUGUUAUCGUGUGUGUGUAUGCAUGUGUCUGUGCCUAUGUUUGUGUUGCUUCACAGUCCCCACUGUUCCAUAAGGUGUAUUUGUAUCUGUUUUCUAAAUCUGAUUUUACUGCUUGCAUCAGUUACUUGAUGUGGAAUAGAGUUCCAUGUAGUUAUGGCUCUAUGUAGUACUGUGCACCUCCCAUCGUCUGUUCUGGACUUGGGGACUGUGAAGAGACGUCUUGUGUGGUAUGCAUGGGUGUCCGAGCUGAGCGCCAGUAGUUCAAACAGACAGCUUGGUGCAUUCAACAUGUCAAUACCUCUCACAAAUACAAGUAGUGAUGAAGGCAAUCUCUCCCCCGCUUUGAGCCAGGAGAAAUUGACAUGCAUAUUAUUAAUGUUAGCUCUCUGUGUACAUCCAAGGGACAGCUGUGCUGCCCUGUUCUGAGCCAAUUGCAAUUUUCCUAAGUCCCUUUUUGUGGCACCUGACCACACGACUGAACAGUAGUCCAGGUGCGACAAAACUAGGGCCUCUAGGACCUGCCUUGUUGAUAGUGCUGUUAAGAAGGUAGAGCAGUGCUUUAUUACAUUUACAUUUACAUUUUAGUCAUUUAGCAGACGCUCUUAUCCAGAGCGACUUACAGGAGCAAUUAGGGUUAAGUGCCUUGCUCAAGGGCACAUUAACGUCAUUUAGCAGACGCUCUUAGCCAGAGCGACUCGCAAAUUGAUGCGUUCACCCAAUAGCCAGUGGGAUAACCACUUUACAAUUUUGGGGGGGGGGUUAGAAGGAACACUUUAUCCUAGAAGGUUAGAAGGAACACUUUAUUGGGAGAAGUCUUAUUAUGGACAGACUUCUCCCAAUCUUAGCUACUGUUGUAUCAAUAUGUUUUGACUAUGACAGUUUACAAUCCAGGGUUACUCCAAGCAGUUUAGUCACUUCAACUUGCUCAAUUUCCACAUUAUUUAUUACAAGAUUUAGUUGAGGUUUAGGGUUUAGUGAAUGAUUUAUCCCAAAUGCAAUGCUUUUAGUUUUAGAAAUAUUUAGGACUAACUUCUUCCUUGCCACCAACUUUGAAACUAAUUGCAGCUCUUUGUUAAGUGUUGCAGUCAUUUCAGUCGCUGUAGUAGCUGACAUGUAUAGUGUUGAGUCAUCUGCAUACAUAGUCACACAGGCUUUACUCAAAGCCAGUGCCAUGUCGUUAGUAAAGAUUGAAAAAAGUAAGGGGCCUAGACAGCUGCCCUGGGGAAUUCCUGAUUCUACCUGGAUUAUGUUGGAGAGGCUUCCAUUAAAGAACACCCUCUGUGUUCUGUUAGACAGGUAACUCUUUAUCCACAAUAUAGCAGGGGGUGUAAAGCCAUAACACAUACAUUUUUCCAGAUCAAUAAUGUCACAAGCCACACUGAAUUCUAACAAAACAGCCCUCACAAUUUCAGAAAGCAAUGUUUUCCAAAAUGCCAACACUUUAGUCCCUCUGCCAGUGUUUCCCAUCAAGUUUGAUGGGGAAUCAGGACAUUGCUGGUGUGUAGGGGUGUAAAACAAGAUUUAGGCCUAGGUGUGGGUGGAUGAUGCCAGUCCAUAGUGAUGUGGGCCAUGGCCGUCUCUGUGUGCCCUGAAGGUGUGCCCAGUGUCCCCUGCCUUGUUUACAAGUUUGAACACAGGAAUGAGAGAUGUAAUCUACACCUCGAUUAGGCUGAUAGAAAUCCUCAUUAUUUUGUUUAAAGGGGCAGUGCUGUAAAAAAUGUGAUUUUCCAAAUUGUGAAAGUCAUGAAAAUGCAAUUUUUGUGCCUGGAAUUUCAGCCUGUUCAAGUGGGAUGGAGUUUUUGGCCCAAAUCAUGACAUCACAAUCUGAUCUGAUUAUUCUGACCAAUGACCAGUCAUCUUUUAUUUGCCUAUGUGUCCUCCUACUUUGAAGGGGUAAGCGGGUUUGGUUCUGGAGUCUAGACGAUCAGGGCUGUGUAUGUAAAUAUACUUAAAUUUGUAUCAACACGCCCACACGAUCAGACUGAGCAUUUCAAUGGCAAAAGGAGGCUCAGCUAAAUAAAUUAUACAAAAUAUAUUUGGAAUUAUGUUAAUUAAAUAAACACACAGUGAUUUAUGAGACAUACAGUGAUGAUUUAAAAAAUACAAUUAAAAAGACUGCAUGGGGGCUUUAAUGAUUUUCAAUUUGAGUGUCAUCAUUUCUAUAUAGCCUUCACUUUCUCGUUCUGAACUUAACGCCAGUGGAACGGGUGUAGCUUUGUGACAAUGACCACACGAGCAGUCGCGCACUGAUUUGACAGUUACAACUCAGACACCGCCAAAACACCAGCUAUGCGGGUGUCUGCUAUUGCGGGUUAACACUUUAUCUGAUUGAAUCUAGGCCCCAGUCUACGAAUCUAUCCACAGGAGCAUGGGCAUCCAUUAGAAAUGUGCUUGGAUGUGGAGAAUCUAACCUGGUGCUUCAGGUGUACACCAGGAAUGAAAUAGAUUAUUUCAGAGGCCCAUUGUGGGACAAAAUCUCAUGAUCAUUGGUUAUGCAUGUGGGUCUCUGUGUGUAACGUCAAACAGAAUUGUCAUAGCUUCUGUAGCUACAUAUGAAAUGUAUUAUGUAAUACUUUCUCUCUACAAGCACAGUACUUGUGGCAUUUCAUGCACAAUGCAAGGACACUUCAAAAUGCUUAUCCCUCUCUCUAUCAUGUUUGCCAAUGGGUGAGAGGGUGAGAUGAGGGUUCUGCUGCUAUGUCCACUUUGUCUACACACUCUCUAUGCCUCUUCCUCUCUCCUUUCGUCCUCUUUAAAUUGGCUCAUUUAUUUUCGGCCCUGAACAUCCAUUUCCAUUUUCUCUCCUCCCUCAGUCCCACAGGUUUGUUUGAACCCUGUUAGUAACAAGACUAACAAAUGAAUCCUGUCCUGAUGGAGAGACAUUCAUUUAAACAAACAGCAGCUCCCGCUCUGGGAGAACUGCAAAGGUGAGGCCAUGUCUCCUUAAAGGUCAUCCCAGUGAUGUGGCUCCUCGUGUUUGGCUAUUCACUUUUGCCAGAGUGCCCACAGCAGCGUCAGACUUUCCCAUUCAUUAGCCCCUCAGCUAACCAGGGGCCUCUGAGGAGGAUCAAGGCACAGUAUGGGAAGAGAUCACACUGGCCAUCAGAACAUUCACAGCCUUUCAAGCAAGACGGGCAAACAGACGAGGGGUGGUGGGGUGCGUGUGGAGAAAGGGAGGCAAUUUAGCACAUAAAUGGCACUGUGUUCUUCCUGUUUCCCCUGUCACCUGGUGAUGAUGAAACAAUCUGUUAAUCCAAUGUUAUCUGUUAUGCCGCUCAUGGGUGUUGACAGAAAUACAAAUCCUCUCUGCCUGACUGAGCCCAUCAUGUCCUGCAUGUAAGCAGAACAAGGGCAGAUAUGCCUGGGGGUGUUUGUCAUCUAAUGUCAAACUGUUAGGUGUUGCAGUAACGGUAACAGCAAGGUGUGGGCUCACACGGUAUUCACAGUAUCUCUGUAGUGCAGAGUUACCUACCUAUAAGUGUCGGGUUCAGGUCCAUGGAACAAUGUUCUCUAAUCUGAUCCUAUAACCUUGCUGAUUUGUUUUAUAAAUAAAAGUGAUGUCCCCCCAUUUAGUAAUUCAGAGAUACACCAAACAUGACCAGUCCUGUCCUGUCCCCCCUCUCUCCUUUCCUCCUUCCCAGAGCGACAGCUCCAGUGACACUGAGAGUGAGGAUAACUUCAUCAUGCUGCCCCCUCGGGACCACCUGGGCCUGGCCAUCUUCUCCAUGCUCUGCUGCUUCUGGCCCCUAGGGAUCGCUGCCUUCUACUUCUCCCAGAGGGUGAGUCCAGGACCCAGGCCCCACUUCACCCCUUUACACCUACUACCCUGUAAUUAAUGCUAAAUACCCCCAGCACGCUCUGCAAGGUCAGUAGGCACAAGUGCUCUCGCUCUCUCAAGUGCUAACACAGCCCAUUUUCCACACCCAUCGCCCUCUACCAAUUAUUGCAGACCCUUGACUGCGUAAACUAUAUAGGUUCUGUCCCCUUUUUACUCUUGUGAUGACAAGCAACAAUACCACCUAAGAGAGCAAUGUAAACUGUGUACAGUUAAAACUAAAGGUUGAUUGUGCCACAUAUGCAGUAUGUUUUAUUUUUAUUUUCAUUUAGUCAAUCAAAAGCGUCAUAAAUACAUGUUAUUUUAUGUUAGCAAUACAUUGCCCACAUGAGUAUCUAGCAGAUACUAUCUAGCUACAUGUAUUUUUCAGGAGAUAAUGAAUAGACAUGAUCUGCUUCUCCAGGGGCUGUCUCACCAUUGUGAUAUUGUGAUUAUAUUGAACCCCAUAGUGUGGGCUCAUGGGUAGGUAGCUUAGUGGUUAAGAGCUUUGUGCCAGUAACCGAAAGGUUGCUGGUUCUAAUCUCCGAGCCGACUAGGUGAAAAAUCUGUCAAUGUGCCCUUGAGCAAGGUACUUAACCCUAAUUGCUCCUGUAAGUCACUCUGGAUAAGAGCGUCUGCUAAAUGACUAAUUAUUAUUUAUGUCUAUCUAUAAAUAGCAGCACUUUAGUGAGCAGGUUCUGAAUGCAGCAGGUCCCCUCCCUGCCCUUAAUCCAACUACAAUUUAUCUCAGUGGUUCGCAACAUCUCUCAAACUAAUUGCAAAGACAAUUACAUUGCAAAAUCACCCUAAUAAAGGGACAAAUGGGUUAUAGGCCGGUCUUUUCGGAGUGAUCCAAAAACAUCCAAACAACACAUUAGUCACUGUCAAAACGGUAGUGACAUAAUUGCCAGAGCAACUAAUGGCUCCCUGGGAACAAUUCCUUGUUUUCUCUCCCUACAGUGAAUUUACUACUCACAUUUUACUACUCACAUUUUUCUCAGUCAUAUGUAAUCAUGGCUAAUUUCUCUCUCCUUUGUCUCAGACUAGCAAGGCCAUGGCUAAGGGAGACUUCUCUAGGGCAGGCAGUAGCUCCAGAAGAGCUCUGUUCCUCGCUGCCCUCUCCAUCACCAUCGGGGCAGGGAUGUACGUGGGGGGGGUGGUGGCCCUCGUAGCAUACCUGUCCAAGUCUAGGGGACACGUAUAGCAGCAGGACCAGGGCCACAGGGUAGAGUGCUUGGGAAGCCUUCCCUGUUAUGGCAACCCUGAAGAACCAGUCUACAUGUUUUGGUUGUGGAGCAGCAGAGAGGAGAGAGGAGGAGAGGAAG